AUGUUACCGGACAUGCGGAAUCUCAACCAUCUUCAGGAAUUGAGUAUUGAUUACGGUGAAGGUUUAAAUUUCACUUCUUUUCCCCCCAACCUAACAUCACUUGGAAUCUUCGAAAUCAAGAAUUGUAAGCCGCUGUGGGAGUUGUUGCCCACACUCACCUCUCUUACAGAAUUGUCCAUCAGUGGUGAAGACCCAAGUGUGGUGUCAUUUCCACCCGACAGUUACAGGGAGAUGGAGAUGGAGAUGCUGCUCCCCGAAUCUCUCACUCAUCUCUCAAUUUGGGGCUUCCCAAAUCUGAAGAAACUGAGCAGCAAGGGCUUUCAAUCCCUCACCUCUCUUCGAUCUCUUCAACUCUUCAAUUGUCCAAAGCUGGCAUAUAUUCCAGAGCAGGGGUUGCCUAUUUCACUGAGGGAACUUGAAAUCAGUGGGUGUCCUCUGCUAAAAGACAAAUGCCAGCCUGGAAGUAAAGGACGAUACCUGCCCAAAAUAUCCCACAUCCCCUGCAUAGAUAUAAGGGAUUAG